UCCACUACGCAUAAUAUAUAUAUGUUUACAGCAAGGCUCUGUAGACAACAAUCAUCGGAGAAGCUUCUUGUUGAUAAAACAGCGUGUAAAGACCCCUGACGCUCAAUCGUUUGGGGUCGCAAACUACCCUCCUCCUCCUCUGUGUCAUCUACACACAACACAAAAACAGACGGAAAUUAGGGUCCAGUUUAGUUUACGAAACAGAGUAAUCGCCAGGCUUCAAAGUUUUGUUCUACAGCAAAAGCUUCCCAAUAUGAAGGCUCUUAUUCUUGUUGGAGGAUUUGGAACUCGGUUGAGGCCAUUAACUCUCAGUGUCCCAAAGCCACUUGUUGAUUUUGCCAACAAGCCCAUGAUCCUGCACCAGAUUGAGGCUCUAAAGGCUAUAGGGGUCACUGAAGUGGUUCUGGCUAUCAAUUACCAGCCAGAGGUGAUGCUCAACUUCUUAAAGGAUUUUGAGGCCAAGCUUGGGAUAAAGAUCUCAUGUUCACAAGAGACAGAGCCGCUUGGAACCGCAGGCCCCCUGGCCUUAGCCAGAGAUAAACUAAUAGAUGAUUCUGGAGAGCCAUUUUUUGUUCUUAACAGCGAUGUUAUCAGUGAAUAUCCCCUGAAAGCGAUGAUUGCAUUCCACAAGUCCCAUGGUGGUGAAGCUUCAAUAAUGGUGACAAAGGUGGAUGAGCCUUCAAAAUAUGGUGUCGUGGUUAUGGAAGAAUCAACAGGUCAAGUAGAAAGAUUUGUUGAAAAACCGAAAGUAUUUGUGGGUAACAAGAUCAAUGCUGGGAUUUAUCUGCUGAGCCCAUCUGUUCUUGACCGAAUUGAACUGAAGCCCACUUCGAUCGAGAAAGAGACCUUCCCAAAGAUCGCAUCCGAGAAACUGCUGUAUGCAAUGGUUCUACCAGGGUUUUGGAUGGACAUUGGACAGCCAAAGGACUACAUCACAGGCUUAAGGCUGUACCUAGACUCUUUAAGAAAGAACGCACCAUCCAAACUGGCUAGUGGACCACACAUUGUGGGUAAUGUCCUGGUUGAUGAAAGUGCCAAGAUCGGUGAGGGAUGUUUGAUCGGGCCGGAUGUUGCAAUCGGGCCUGGGUGUGUGGUUGAGUCAGGUGUGAGGCUGUCACGGUGCACCGUGAUGCGGGGAGUGCGCAUCAAGAAACACGCGUGCAUCUCGAGUAGUAUCAUCGGUUGGCACUCGACGGUGGGACAGUGGGCGCGGGUAGAGAAUAUGACGAUUCUUGGAGAAGAUGUGCACGUGUGCGACGAGGUGUACAGCAAUGGAGGGGUGGUUCUACCCCAUAAGGAAAUCAAGGCAAGCAUCUUGAAACCAGAGAUAGUGAUGUGAAGAGUAUGUUAAAUAUAUAACUAUAUAUCAGAGGGGAGGUUUAGUUGAUUUGAUGUGUUUGUGUUUUAUGUGUAAAAUGACCCACCCCAUUAGACGUUAGAAACAUCAAUUGUUAAAAGGGUCUGCUUUUUGCUGUUUUGUUGAUCUUAGUAUCGUAUCGUAUUUUAAUGAUCUCCUUUUGUUCCUUAA